AUGACAGAUUUCAGCUCUCAGGGACGCACACGGCCCUAUAAUGUGGUUGAUUUGCAGAACUGCAAGAACCACCAGUCAGUGUACACCUGCCUUUCCCGUGGAUCCACAUACCAAGGGACCAUUAUUGUACAGGGCUUUGACAACUCCAAGUUCAUGGGUGGUGUAACUGGCUGGCUAAGACAGGAAUUCAGAGAGCUUGAGCUGCUAGAUGAGAUAACAAAGCUUAAGUAUGAUGGGACAUUAAGUCCAAGUGUUGAGGGUGUGACCUGUGUGGCUCUCAUUCAUUCAUACCGCACCAUGAAAGGCGCCAAGUAUAUGCCCAAUACCAUGCAUAGUGCAUUGAAAUGGUCAGAGAAGCAGCCAUUUGAUGUUGAGAAACCAUAUAAGGAGUCUCAGUGGGAAAUGGUGAAGCGAGCCAAUAAGGACAAACAGCCCCAGUUGCAAAGAGACCCAGACAGCCUUGCAGAGUCAAAGGAGCCUGUAUGUUUCACUUGGAAUAAUGAGACAUACAGCUGUGCAUUUGAUACCCUAUUUGGCAUAUUGCACAACAUAUACAGGGAGCAAAAUAUGAUAUGGGAACCAGACAUCAAGAGCCAAAAUGCAAUAUUGACCAGCCUGUACCAAGCUCUGGGCACUGGAUGCAACACUAUGGAAUUCUAG